AUGAAUGAUAAAAAAAAAGCUAAAGAUAACUGGAGAGUUGAUGUAGAUAGUUUAAUUGAAUUACUACGUCGGAGACAGUUAUCAGACUCUCAGAGUCAAGGUAGAAAAAUUUUGGAAGUAUUGAGACAAAUUGUUGAUAGAUAUCCUUGGAAAAAUGCCUAUGAACUUUAUCAAAUCAUUCGUAAAAUUGGAAAUGAAAUUUCAAGUGUAGAUCCAUUAGCUUUUAUUGUUGGAAAUGUUGUUAGGAGAUUACUAAAUGUUAUUCGUAAAGAGUAUGCAAAACUUACUACAUCUCAGGUAAAACAACCGACAUAUUUUGAUAAUAUGAAUCUAUCUGACAUUUGCGAUUCAACAUCUGUAAGUAUGAGCUUACUACGUUCUGCUGUUUUUGAGGGUAUAAAUGAACUUUUACAUGAAUUAGGUCAAUCAUGGGAUUUUGAUUCUAGUCUAGAUAUAUUCCAAACAAAUGAUAAAAUUUUAGUAUAUGGGUAUUCAUCACUUGUAGAACGGUUAUUAAGGAGUAUAUCUAAAAAAAGACAAAAUCUAAUCAUAUUUGUUGUUGAUGGCGAUCCAGAAAGAAAAUCUGAAGAAUUUGUAGUGAAAAUUUCACAUGAUAUCAAUAUAUCUGCUAUCCUAGUAUCUGAUUCAAGUAUAUUUAAUAUUAUGCCUAAAGUAAAUAAAGUUAUUCUUAGUGCUUCAGCAAUAUUUCCUGAUGGAGGAGCAGUAACCCUAUCUGGUGGUUAUUUAAUAGCCCAGACAGCUUCUUACUUCUUUGUUCCUGUAAUAAUGAUAUCUGCAUUAUAUAAAUUAUAUCAUUUCCCUUUAUUUGAUUAUGAAAGAACUAAUUCUAUAGUACCUCCCAAUAUAUUUAUGAACUUAUUAAAACAAAUACCAAAUGUACACUUUGCUAUAAAUAAAUUUGACUUAGUUCCUGGAAAUUUAAUUAGUAUCUUUAUUACAGAAAGUGGAUCUCUUACUCCUUCUCAUUUGUAUGAGCUAAGUAAAUCACGUUUCCAUCUACAUGAUAUAGAUCUAGAUUUUAACUAUUCACUAGAAAAUGGCACUGGAUUAUAA